AUCGCCUCGAUGCCGUGGAAGGAAACAACCCCCCGGUGUUGCGGUGCCGUGCUUUACACCGACCUCAUCCAUAGCUCCCUUUCCACUCUUUGCCCUUCGUGUCGGCAUCUCAAGAUAUUUCUGGCUGCUUUCAGUUGACUUCAUUGUUCCUUUGACACAAUGGCUGCAAAUGUCUCUCAAUUUGGCUUUACCCCCCUACGGGACUUUGGUCCGGUACCUCAUUUGCCAGCUGCUUCAUCAAUCAGCCCUCGACCUCGACCGGCGUACGGCUACCUGCAGCAUACCCAUGCCGAUCCUGCCACACAGACUUACACCGGCGCCUUAGGGCCUUGGAAAACUGCAACAGAAGGAGCAAAACCAUGCAAAGCGCACAUCGGAAUGUCAAAAAUGCAAAAGGCGGUGUUGUUGGAUGCAGCCGUCUAAGCCGCGUUGGACGUAUCCCAGCUUUCUCCGCCUUAUAUCGCUGUUCACCCCUGACAGUGCGACGCUCUGCAGAACCAACCGGGACCAACCGUAACUCCGUAUUGGGGCCAAGGAUAUGCUCGCUCUCGCGGGAGUUGGAGCACAACAGUUGCUUUGACUCUUCCACUAUGUCUUGCUGUCUCAUGAAGCGACCCCUCCCGCGCGGCUUAUGCCUAGCAAGGCGGUGUCGAGAGAACCAGCUAUCGGGCACGCAUCAAGCAGCAUGCCGUUCUCGCUUACUACCAUACCUAUCCGUGCUUCACUUUAGCUGGACCAUGCUAACGAUAAUGAGUGUAAAUGAGAAAGUUGUCGAUUUAGCAUGGUAUGGCCUCCCAUCUUUCCAACACAAUGCUGGUCCUAUGCAUUUUAUGACAAUAAGAGUAUUUUUACAACCUCGAAUGGCCUGGGGAGCUUUCCAAAAUAGAAAUCACAGCGAAACCGUACCGCCCUAAUCACACGACCAUACCAGACUUACAUUGCCAGCGCUCCCCCUUGGCCGAGUAGUUCCCUGUUGUACUACCCAUCCUGUAUAUCAAUCGUUACUACUCGAAGCGCUCGCAAAUGGUCAUCUGACCUGCUUGUGCUCUCUUUGGCGUUUCCCCGAGGCCCGACUGACGCGGCAUGCCCGGCGCGGGAUACCGGAUCGACAGGCUCUUUGACGGAUAUUCCCAUGGUCAGCGACGAUAAUUAUCGUGACAGUCGGAUGCUUCGUUUUCCAGACCCGAGGGAGGCGCUGCGUAGAGAAUGGGGACAACUAGUUUCCUCCUUUUGUUUUCUCUUCUCUUCUCGUUACAUCGCACGACUGCAUCUUCCCGGCAUGAUCAACAUGCAGGCCCAUGCCCCCCUCGUUCUAUUUGGACGUCUGAUAGAUGUGAAGAUGACUCGUAGGCAUAGUACGC